CGACAUAGUCUGCGUCCUGUGAUAUCAGUUGUCAAAACUUACUGAAUUCAGUAUUCCCGCGUUGUCAAUAAAAUAAAUACACGAAAUUUUAUGUUCAACUUUUAGAAGACUUUUGAAAACGCUGAAGUAUGACUGUUGGUCAAACACCACCAAAUUUACCGUGGGUUGAAAAGUAUCGACCAUCAAAGUUAGAAGAUUUAGUAUCCCACGAUGAUAUAAUUAAAACAAUUAAUCAGUUUAUGCAACAAAAUCAGUUGCCACACUUGUUAUUCUACGGGCCUCCAGGCACUGGCAAAACAUCAACAAUUCUUGCAUGUGCUAAACAGAUGUAUACACCGCAACAGUUCAAUUCCAUGGUCUUGGAAUUAAAUGCUUCAGAUGAUAGAGGAAUUGGAAUAGUGAGAGGACAAAUCUUAAGCUUUGCAUCUACAAGAACUAUAUUUAAGGCAGGACCGAAAUUAAUUAUUUUAGAUGAAGCUGAUGCUAUGACUAAUGAUGCACAGAAUGCAUUAAGAAGAAUUAUCGAAAAAUAUACGGAAAAUGUGAGAUUUUGUAUAAUUUGUAAUUACUUGGGAAAAAUCAUACCAGCACUGCAAUCGAGAUGUACUCGUUUCCGAUUUGCACCUCUUCAGCAAAAUCAAAUAGUUCCCCGAUUACAAGAAAUUAUCCAAAAAGAAAAUGUAAAAAUAACUGACGAUGGAAUCAAAGCGUUAUUGACUCUAUCCGGAGGGGACAUGCGUAAAGUGUUGAACACACUGCAGAGCACGUGGCUGGCGUAUCGUGACGUCACUGAGGACAACGUGUACACCUGCGUGGGCCAUCCGUUGCGUUCCGAUAUUAACAACAUACUUAAUUGGUUGCUUAAUGAAAAUGAUUUCGCUACUUCGUUUAAACAUAUCCAAGAUUUGAAAAUAGCUAAAGGUCUGGCGCUGGGCGAUAUAUUGACAGAGAUCCACACAAUUAUACAAAGAUUGAAAUUACCCCCAGAAGUAUUGAUAUCUUUGCUUAUAAAGAUGGCGGAUUCGGAAGCUCGUCUUGCCAGCGGUUGUAGCGAGCGAAUAGAAUUGGCCUCUCUAAUUGCUGCUUUUCAAGAAGCUAGAGAGAAAGUUAACAUUGGUGAACUUAGUGCGUAAUCGCCUGUAUAAAAACUGCAUCUGUGGUGAUAAUAAACUAAUUAUACAUUA